GAUCUCCUGGGAUUUUCACCCAAGACAGUCUCUUGAAUUUACUCCGAAUGGUGCCAAAAACAAAAAAACAUCCAGUGAGCUGCAGUUCUGUGGACGGAAAUGCCUUGUUGAUGAGAGAGGUCAACAGAGAAUGGCCAGACUGGUUCGAACUGACAAAGUCUAUGGCAACUCAGAUAACCACUCUGUACAAUUGUGGUGAGAAGAAUAUCAUCUCAGAAUGCUACUCUGAGAUGUGGGUUGGCGCUGUUUUAGCGGCAUGAGGGGGACCUUCACAAUAUUAGGCAGGUGGUUUUAAUGUUGUGGCUGAUCGGUGUAUGUGUAAACAUGAUAAUAGUGUGUUAAAAUCACUUAUUAAGCUUGUAAAGUUGUAUCCAGUAGGCUAUUACAACUUCGUUGUCAUGAAGACGUAAGGUAAACUCUGGAAUCUGAAAAAAUGCCGUAACCUCGGUAAAUCCCCAAUUAUAUCACACUAAAAUAAUGUUAAUACAAAUCGUUUUCGUCUUGUGGCUUUACUUUUGUAACGGUGUGUUUUCUAACGUUUAUGGACUGGCCCUAUUCGCCUCUAUUGUAGUUGCCUUCGUGUAAACGUGAUUUUUGCCUUUUAUUUUUAAUUAACGAGGGACUUGUAUGUGCUUGUUGUUUGAACCCGGAAUAUUCCUUUAUAUUUGUAUACAUUUAGGAGUAAAUAUUUAAUAUAACAAUUUACUAUGACUCUUAAAUAGGCCUAUUGCAUAUAUCAAAAUGUAAAUAUUAAUAAAUAUAAAUGCUGGGUGGUCACCUCGCCGUGCAUGCAUAGUGCUCCAUAAAUGUUUAUUUUGCAUAAUCGUCCGUAUAGCGUCUGGUCUGUGGGCUGCUGGAGCGGCGGUGUCUUUUUUUCAGGAUCACCUCCUUUCCUCAGUCAGACCCCAGCAUGAGAGGGGUGUCAGUCGUUUCGUCGGAGUUUUAGAAGUUAAGAUUAUAUUAUGUCUCAUCAUUUCAUCUGUUCUUUCUUUUGUAACACCAAUUUAUAAAACACGUCGAGGCGAGAAGGCAUCACGCAUUCACUGUAUGAAGGUGAAUUUGGAACCGUGGACAGCGAUAAUGAUGGGACAGUUGUGCGGGAUGUAUUGCCAAUGACAAGAUGGAUAUCAGUGGGACUCUCUCUAUCGCUACUGUCUUUCAUUUCUCUAUCUGUGUCUAUGGCGAGCAAUGGAUACCUUUGAUAGCCUUCCACUGAGGAGAAAGCCCUCCAGGCUGGCGGCUGUAAAUCAGAUAACGUAUACAAACAAAACUGAAAAAAAGAUGAUGAUUAUUCUAUCAUGGUACAUGUCCGAAAAACAAAUAAACAUUGGCAUAGUAGUGGCAGUACCAUAGUUGAUACUCUUUUGAAAAGAAGUGAGCUGAUUUUUGUUUUCUUGUCUUCAAAGGCAGGACCAAACAUAGUCAUCCUGAAUACACUGCAGAGCUCAGUCCCUCUGUCCUGCUCUGAGGGUUUCACUGAGCUGGGUUAUUACAAUGGAUCUGUGUCUCAGACGGAUUCUGGCUCUUCCUGUCUUAAAUGGACUGAUUUUCCAGACUACAUGCUGCAAUACCCCAAUCGUGGGCUGGGUGACCACAACUACUGUAGAAACCCUGACCGUGAGUCCAACCCCUGGUGCUUCUUCAGACAGAGGUCAGGAGCCAUCGGGUGGGCCUACUGCGACUGCAACCAGGGUGCAGCACGGUUGGUGGGGGGUUUGUCCAAUAAGAGUGGCCGUCUCGAGGUGUACCUGAAUGGCCAAUGGGGAGCAGUGUGUGACACCCACCUGAGUGACCGAGAUGCCAGUGUAAUCUGUCGACAACUGAGGCUCGGUGAAAUCGGCACUGCACUUCGGCACUCCUACUUUGGACCUGGUUCUGGCCUCUUCCACUUUGAACGUCUUGGCUGCCAUGGCAAUGAAAAUUCUCUGCUGGAGUGCCGGAGACGGAAAUAUGUCUCUGCCGACUGUAACCAUGGCAAUGAGGCUGGAGUGGUGUGUGCUGUACCUAAGGGCAAUGGUGCCCCCCUAAGGCUUGUGGGAGGACUUGAGGAUUUUGAGGGGCGUGUGGAGGUGUAUCAUAACGGGAGAUGGGGAACUAUCUGUGAUGACGAAUGGGAUGAUAUUGAUGCUGAAGUGGUCUGUAGACAGUUGAGAUGGGGUGGUGUGCCAAAGGCAUGGACAUGGGCACACUUUGGGCAGGGCACUGGGCCUAUAUUCCUGGAUGGGGUGCAAUGCACAGGAAAUGAGCUCUCUCUUGAGGAAUGUCCUCAUGCGCCUUGGGGCCGGCACAACUGUGACCACAUGGAGGAUGCCGGAGUGUCCUGCAACCCAUAUACAGAUGGAGUGUUACGUCUAGUGGGAGCUGAUAGCCCGUGGGAAGGGCGCCUUGAGGUGUAUCAUGCUGGACAGUGGGGCACAGUGUGUGAUGACAACUGGACUGGACGCCAUGCCCAGGUGGUGUGUCGACAGCUGGGUUACCGAGGGCGUGCUGAGCUGGUUCCAGAUGGGAUGUAUGGUGAAGGCACAGGGCUGAUCCUGCUGGAUGAGGUGAAAUGUGAAGGGGGUGAAAGCUCUCUGCUGGACUGUGCUCAUGGUGAGUGGGGGCAUCAUGACUGCUCCCACAGUGAGGAUGUGGGCAUACGUUGUGCGAGAGAAGGAGAGUUCCUGGAAAUUCCUGAAGUGCCUCCUGUCACAGGUCCCUUGGUAAGGCUGGUGGAUGGCGAGAGCCGUAAGGAGGGCCGUGUGGAGGUGUUUAUUAACGGCGAGUGGGGCAGUGUGUGUGACGAUGGUUGGGAUGACAUCAAUGCAGGCAUAGUCUGCAAACAACUAGGAUUCAUUGGUGCUUCCAAGGCCCGUUCCAUGGCUUAUUUCGGUGAGGGCCAGGGACCAAUCCAUCUGGAUAAUGUGAAGUGUGCUGGGACAGAGGCUUCGCUGGGUGAGUGUUCAGCUCUAGGCUCAGAUGCCCAUGAUUGCAGACACAGUGAAGAUGCAGGCGUCAUCUGUGACUACAUUACUGAGCCCAUGAAAAAACAGCAAGAAUGUGGUCUGAGACCCAACACACAAAGACGGCGAAGAAGGAUCAUUGGAGGAGACAAGUCUCUACGGGGGGACUGGCCAUGGCAAGUAUCUCUAUGGCUGAGGUCUCAAUCAAAAGGCACCCAUCCACUUUGUGGGGCAACUCUCAUCAAUUCUUGUUGGAUUAUUACUGCUGCUCAUUGCUUCAAGAGGUUUGGCACAGAUCCCUCCCGUUAUGUGUUACGGCUUGGUGACUACCACACAGAGGAGAGGGACGACUUUGAGCGCACUCUUUCUCCCGAGCGUAUCGUCAUCCACAGGAAGUACCACAGCCAGGGUUGGGAGUAUGAUAUUGCCUUGCUGAAGUUGAAGGGCACAGAUGGGAAAUGUGUGGCCUUUAACCCGCACACUAAUGCAGUUUGCCUUCCAGCUCAGAGCAACAAAAGGGGGAAGAGGCCCAUCGCUUGUGUUAUUACUGGCUGGGGAAUUACAGGCUCUGAGUAUUCCCGAACACUGUUGCAAGCCUGGGUUCCCAUACUGCCCUCCUGGAAGUGUAAAAAACGCUAUGGCAGUCGCUUCACCAGCCGCAUGUUGUGUGCUGGCAGCUUAUCAAACCAUCGCCAGGUAGACAGUUGUCAGGGUGACAGUGGAGGGCCACUGGUGUGCCAGGGUGAAGGUGGGCACUGGAUGCUCACAGGAAUUAUCUCUUGGGGUCACGGUUGUGGUGACCCCACCUAUCCUGGUGUUUAUACAAGGGUCAGCAGGUUCCUGAAGUGGAUUGAGAAAGUCACCCAAAGCCCUGCCAAAGUGUGAUGUUUCAGUGUUGACAUUAAAGCCACUUAAUACAUUGUACUGGACAGUAUAUACAUUAUGUAAUGCCUCUUAGGGUUCGCCAGCCGGCCAAUAGCUGUAAUGCUGGUUUGAUCCCAUUUUAUGUGUUGCACAUUUUACUACUUGCACCAUGCCAUUUUAAUUCCAUUUUUGUACACUUGAAGAAACAUUCAUGAAAGUGCACAUGAAUUUGAAGCCACAGAUCUCAGAAGUGGGUGAGAUGUUUUUGAGGGAGAGCUACAUUAAAGGAAUAGUUCACCCAAAUUCUUUCUCUCAUCAUAUACUCAGCCUUAUGCCAUCCCCGAUGUGUAUGACUUUCUUUCUUCUGCUGAACACAAAUGAAGAUUUUUAAAAUAUCUCAGCUCUGUUAUGUGAAUUGUGGCCAGAACUUUAA